CGCCUCCUCCGACAUGUCUCACUGUGGCCAUUUUACACGUCGUUCCCUGAAAAUAACACACCUCUCACACCUUCAACUUAACAACUUCGGGCCGGUCGCUGUCUGCAUGCAGUUGUGAAUAAAGGAUCCAGACGAGGAGCAGAGGCGGUGAUAAAGAUGGACUAUGACCGGAGGGGUGGGCGUGGUGACCGGAUCGGUCGCUAUGGUAACACUCACAACGAUCACAACUUUCGGGACAUGGACUACAGGGGUUAUGGCCAAGAGGACGAGGAGUCCGGUCUGGGAUACGACGGAGCCGGAAUGGAUGGGGACGAACAGUUCAGCCACGAGGAGCAGUCCCUGGGCGUCCACGACUUCCCACCCGGCUGUCCCCCGGACCACCCGGGGUUUCACCACAGAGGGGAAGACACCGGGCCUCAGGGAAAAGGGCUCAUGUGGCCACCAUGCCCCCCGCCACAGCCCGAUCUAGGCCAUCCCAUGGUCCAGAGAGAAGAGGACGGGGGGCCCAGGCGGGAGUUCGAGCAGUUACGGACUGGCCUGCAGGACAGAGGUCGGGGGAGAGGUGGACGAGGCUGCCGUGAAAAUACUGGUCCUCAUCUCGGGAGCAGAGAGGGCACCUGGGGCCACGGCGCUGCUCUUCCUGAACAUAUAGAAUUCAGAGAGGAGGACAGAUUCUCUCGAGGGACCGGAAAAAGGAGGACUUUUCCAGGGAGGCCGGACGAGCAGGAGGGUGGAAUUGUUGGUGCAGAGCUGUCACUUGAGGAAUUGGAUCAAAGGGACCAGGACUACCGUGCAGACCUCGAGCAUAACCAGAGACCCAGCAACAUCGUAAUGCUUCGCAUGCUGCCUCCCAGUGCCACCGCAAAUGAGAUCCGAGCGCAGCUUCAGGAGCAAGGGAUCCAGCCGAGAGAAGUCCGUCUUAUGAGAAACAAAUCUUCAGGUCAGAGCCGAGGAUUCGCCUUCGUCGAGUUUAAUGUCAUACAGGAGGCCACCCGCUGGAUGGAGACCAACCAGGGAGUGCUGCUGAUUAUGGGCCAGAGAGUGUCGAUGCACUACAGCGACCCCAAACCGCGUGCCAACGAGGACUGGCUCUGCAACAAGUGUGGUGUGCAGAACUUCAAAAGAAGAGAGAAAUGCUUCAAAUGCAACGUGCCUAAAUCAGAAGCUGAACUGAAGCUACCCCAGCUGCAAAGAGAUGUCCCCGUCGGUAUUCAGAAAGAAGGAACGCAAGGCCUUCUGCCCUUGCCAGCAGCCUAUCACGCCGCUGGGCCUCCUGUUGUUCCCGGGCAAGCUGCACAGCAGGCAGAUGUUGCCAAUGACACUCUCAUUCUGAGAAACCUUGGCCCACAUACUUCUGUGGAGACCAUUCUGUCAGCUCUUGCUCCGUUCGCCACUCUAGCACCUUCCAACGUUCGCCUGAUCAAGGACAAACACACACACCUCAACAGGGGAUUUGCCUUCCUGCAGCUCUCUACCAUAGUGGAGGCAUCUCAGCUGCUGCAGAUCUUACAAGCCCUCCAGCCGGCUCUCUCUAUUGACGGGAAGGCAAUCGUAGUGGAGUUCGCUAAAGGCUCCAAACGAGAUGUUUUUGUGACAGAUGGCAGCAGAGUGAGUGCAGCUACAGUGGCGAGCACAGCUAUAGCAGCUGCGCAGUGGGCUGUCACACAGGCGUCUCAGAAUGGAUCGGGUGGAGAUACAGCAGUCUACCAGCAGGGGGCAGCAGUAACAUACAGUCAGGAAGGGCAGGAGUACCCUGGGGCAGAUGGCUCCACAUUCAAGGCUCAGGCAGUUACCCGGGCUCCUGCCUUGCCGGGGGCAGCAGGAGCCCAGAAUGGGGUCUAUGCAGGAGCAACUGGAGCAGCUGUCAUGUCAUCUGAAGCGGUGAAAUCUGGGUCAGCCGUCAUGCAGCAGCCUCUCACUCAUACUCAGACUGCUGUCGCCACCACAGCCUCCACCACACCAGCCACGCAGGUUGAGAUCGUGGGAAAACCUCAACCAGCUACUCCCAGCCAACCUGCAACCCCGGGAACGGAGCAUGAGCUUCAGCAAUACCCUGUUCCAGAUGUGUCUACAUACCAUUAUGAUGAAAGCUCUGGUUACUACUACGACCCAUUCACAGGACUCUACUAUGACCCGAACUCCCAGUACUACUAUAACUCACACAGUCAGCAGUACAUGUACUGGGAUGGAGAGAAAAACACCUACAUUCCUGCAGCCAGCCAGUCAAACACUGAAGGUGGCCCGACAAGCGACGCCGCAGCGUCUUCUGAUAUGUUUGCCACAGCUGGAGGAAAGGAGAAGAAAGAUAAACCCAAGAGUAAAACUGCCCAGCAGAUUGCCAAAGACAUGGAGCGUUGGGCGAAGAGUCUCAAUAGACAAAAGGAGAACAUGCGCUCUGUCUCUUCAUCCCCUGCCGUCGGAUCUGCGGCGCUCCCUCCCGGUUUUGCUCGGUCAUCUGGUCACAACCGCCUGGAUGACCUGAGAGAGUCUGCGAGUGCUGAUGCAGGUUAUGCUGUUCUUGAAAAGAAGGGGGCGCUGUCUGAGCGGCCUCAGAUUUUCCUGGACCAGAUCAGACAAAGUACUGAACAUUCGCCUCCUCAGCAGCAGGGUCUGGUUCCCGCCUACAGCGGAGAAACCGACAGCGAAGACGAAGGCGGCGAGAGGGAUGAUAAGGAAGGGAGAAUGACGGACUGGGUCAAACUGGCGUGUCUGCUGUGUAGGAGGCAGUUUCCCAGCAAGGAGGCCCUCAUCAGGCACCAGCAGCUCUCCGAGCUGCACAAGCAAAACCUGGAGCAAAGAAGAAGCCAACAUGAAGCUGCCAGUAAAGAGCGACUGAUGGAUGGAUCUGGACCUCCUGACCCAAAGAAGAGGAGGUUCAGCCCCUUGGAUGGGAUCUCAGGCACGAGUCUCGGAGCUCGGAUGCUCCAGGGAGGCGUGAAAAGAGGACUUCUGUUGCGCAAUAUGCAAGUGGAGUGACGCUCCUUCCAGAGGAACUUCCUAACCCAGCACACAACUUCUUACCAUCAACGUCGUCUAGAUAUUUAUAGAAGAAGCUCUUGAUUUUUUGUUUUUGGUUUACAUUAGUUACCUCAAGAAUGGUAAUAGUCCUGUGAACUAAUCCUGUAGCAGUCCAUGUCAGGAUAUUGCACAGAUUGCACCUUUUUGCUUGCUUCCUGAACGAUGCAGUUUUCAGUUCUCACUUGCUAGUGAUAAACAGGAUUUCUUUGGUUGGGAAACAUUUGC